AGAUGUCAAGACUGCAAACAAGCUUCUGAAGAAAAUAGAGAGCGAGAAUCCACAUCCCCCCAUCACAUUAUACACAAUCAGUGAGAAACACAACAUUGAGAGAACCAAAUUCAGAGGGGGACAUGUAAUCAUAGCCACAAAUCUAGGAGGUCGUGGAACUGAUAUCAAGGUUGAUCAGGAUGUCAACAUACGUGGUGGCCUCUUCGUCCUCCUGACACAUUACCCUGGCAGUCGCAGAGUGGAGAAACAGGUGUUUGGAAGAACUGGUCGGAAGGGAAACCCGGGCAUGGCCCAGAUGAUCCUCUGUGGGGAUAACCUUGCCCCAGCAUACCAGGGCCAGCCUGUGGAGAUCAUGAGACAAUUGAGAGAGGAGUACGAAGUCCAACGCAUCAAAGAUAUGGAGACAGAUGAGCUUCUCGAAAUAAAAAUGAAAGAGGAUCUGUUUGGCACGUUUUGUGAAUUUCUUGACAAGUUUCAUGGCAACUUCUCAAAACAGGAGAAAGAUGACCUGUCAGGAAUGGGGCCGAAUGAUGUCCCUGAGUGUUUUAAAGAAAAAGGCUCUAAGUUUGAUUACCAGCCUGCCCUCAAUGCUUUGAAAGAAACAUGGUCAUUGUGGCUUACCCUUCACGAGGAGCACAUCCGUCAGCACGAAGAUAUCAGUGUUCUUAAAGCAGACCUUCUUGAGCAUAUCACAAAUAGGGGCAACAUGCUGCUGAAUGGAAAAAGUCAAAACUUCUAUGACCACAUUAAGCAGGCUAUCGGCAGAACAGACUUGCACCUCCGCAACAAAAGUAAGUGUGACUAUGAAGCAAAGUCCUACUGGAAAGAUGUUGAAGAAUGUGACCCUUUUUACAGUGCCGUGGCAAUGUACAACCAAGCUUUCAUCACCAUAAACAUGGGAAAAGAUGGCUACAAAACAGAGGCACGGAAAUUACUGGAAAGGGCAAAGACAUCUGUGGAUGUUUACUUGUCAGAAACCACAAAUACCAUGGUUUCUUUUCAGAUUGCCACAAGAGGCAACUUUGAACCACAUCAUGAAGGAGAAUGCAACUUUCUAAAGCAAAUAGAUUCCAGGAUGAGCAUUCACCAAGCUUGGAUACGUAACAUUGACCUUGCAGUAAAUAAACUUAAAGAGCUUGAGGGUGAAGGCACAGCCAUAACAGAGGUAUCCUCAGUGUACAGCCUCUCAGAAAAUCAAGACUACAUCACAGGAAAUGAACUCACGGCCUUGUAUGACAAUGGCCUGAGCAUUGUGUUUGAGGUGAAAAAGAAGCCAGAGUUCAGCUUUGACGCUUUGAUCUGUUUCUUCAUCGGUAUGUGUCAGGUCAUCCUUGGAGUUCUGGUUUGUGCCCUGUCGUUUGGCUCUGCAACCCAGAUUGGCUUAAGUAUCAUCUCUGAAGGAGUCUCUGACAUGAUUGAAGGGAUAUCUGGCAUGAUAUCAGGCACAUUCGAUUGGGUACAAUGGGCCAUCUCCAAAAGCAUCAGCAUUGGGAUGUCUCUGCUCUCCGCAGGGUUCAACGCCAUUAAAAAAGUUGUCACCACAGCAUAUAAAGUCCUCAAUGGUACUUUGAAACUCUCAUCUGUUGCAAAGGAAAUCAUUGGCACAGGAAAACAUGUUUUCAAGUCCACACAGAAAGCAGCAAAGUAUGCAAUUAAGACAGCAACGAAGAAACUGGCAUCCCCUACAAACAUGAAGAUGGCUCUAAAACACGCAACCAAGUACGCACUUCAGGAGGUAGGGAAGCAGGGUGUAAUCACAGGAAUAAACUAUGCCAUUGAUGCUGGAAUUGGGGCCAUCUUUAAAACAAUUUUAGAAAAAGCUUUCAAAGACAUGGUCAAUUCAACAGUCAAAAAGAAUGCCGAACUAGAUCUUAGUCUCACUGAAUACAUUAGCUCUGCAGUACCUAAAGGAGCUUUGCAGAACCGCAGCAACUAUAAGAUUGACUCAAAGCUUGAACAACAAACAAAAGAUUUAGUUCAAGUUAUGACAAAAGAACUUAUUCCUGGCCUCAUGACUGAUGCCACCACAUCCCAAGUCAGUGAUGUUAUCAGCAGACUCUCUGAGGUGUGCAAUAAUGCAACUGACCUUGUGGCAAAAAGUGGAAAACAUUUGAUUGCAAAAGGAGUCAAAAUAAGUGUAGAAAUAGCUAAACACACCACAAUCUUGGUCCAAAUGAUUCGGUCUAUUCCUACAGAACAUGUUAUCAAUGACAUAUUUGUCCUCAAAUUAAAAAAAGAAAUUGAAGAGCAGCAAAGAUAUGUGGGGCAGUAUGAUCAAGAUGGCAGACAUGAUUUACCAGAUGUGAUUCGCCUAAAGGAUGAGCUCCUAAGCUCCAUUUCGGAAAGUGUCUCCGAAGCGUUCAUAGAUGCUUGUGCUGGUCAUAUGUCCUCUUUUGUGACGGGAACAUUCAAGAAGAAGCUCAAUGGAGUUACUGGAAAGGUUGUUGACAAUGUACUUGGCAGACACAAAACUGAGGCCUUUUUCCAGGACCGGCAGCAUAAACAUGAUAUGAAGUCAGCCAGUCAGAAGGCUGGGAAAGCUCUGUCAGAGACUGAAACAAAAGAACUUCUGGACUAUGCAGAGAAGAUUGGUGAUGUUAAUCGACCAGCCUCGGCCCUGGACAUUUAUGUCCUCACAAACAGUGACCUGCUCCAUGGUAAAGGCAUCCAGUUCAAAGUGGUGGAUCAAGAUGGGAAAACGCUCUCAGAGGAGUCCUACCCGGGAACGAACAGCUCAGCCGGCCAAAUCACUCUACGGCUGACCAAAGAGCCUGAGAAAACACACAGUGAGAAAGGAAUCCUCUCUAAAGCAAAAGACAGAAUCCAAGGAGUGGAAAGUCCAUACAGUGGUCACUUUGACAUCAUCCAAGAUGGGAAAGUAAUCCCUGUGCGCUCAGAGAACAAGAACUGCCUGUACCAUGCCCUAGCACAGGCAACAUCUAACAGGUCUGAGGAUGAGAUCACGAGUCAAGCUGUGAAUCUACGAAACAAUGUUAAAGACCAGAUUAAAGGGAGCCUUCAGGCUUAUAGUGAAAUGGUUCAAACCCAGAAGGCCUAUGAUGCACUCGAGAAAAAUCAUGGAAAAUAUGCUAUAGUUGGAGGGGCCAGGAAUAGAAAACGGACGAAUGAUGGGGAAUAUGAACAUGAUAUCAGGCCCAUGAAGAAUUGUCCUUAUAGUUCCUCAGGGAUAAAUGAGUAUGACAUAGCCUUUACGUACCACCUUGGAUUAGUUGGUCCUAACAAAAGCGUCAAAAACACCAAACUUUUCUCUGACAACAUGGGGGAAAGAGGCAUUGUGGAGGCAGACCAUAUCCCACCAAAGAAUUCCCUGAAGCUGGCCAGAGACCAAAAAUCUGAGAUGAAAAAUCUUCAACAGAAGAAUCCGAAGCUUUAUGAUAUGAUAAACAGCAUUGAAUCAGAUCAAAAUGGAGGGAACCUGCUCACAAUGCGGGUUCUCAAACAGCAUCACAGGAAUGCUCUAACCACUGGAAGGAGUAAGACAUCUGUCAUCUGCAGGAAGCUGCUGGCGGAUACACUUGCAAGCGGAGAUGUGGAGAAAUUACUGAAGUUAUCUUUCAUCAUGGCUCAUCCAAUUGCUUCCGACCAGCUCAGAGACAAAGCAGGAAAGCCCAAUAAACUUACCCUGGGAUCCAUUGAUUUAUCUCCUGAAGGAACGGUGUUCUACUAUAAAGCUGGCUUCAAUCAGAUGCUGAAUCACCAUAGUAAAGAGGGGAUCAUCGACGAGAAUCAGCAGGCGAGGCUGAAGUCCUGGGUGUCCGAUAAGAAGUACAUGGACCCGGACACCCCAGAGUACAACAACAUCCUUGCAGCCAUCCAGUAACACAACCUCCACUGGAGACAUGUUAGUAAAGGGAUAAAAUCAUACUUUUAUAUUCAGCAUAAGAAUAUCAUGAAUUCAGUAUAAUCAUAAGGUGAAUCAUUUCUUGUUGAACCUUAGGUGAAUGACAAUUUGACCUUUCUACUGCUGCAUAAUUACUAUACUUUUUUUGUUUGUGCUUCCACAAGGUAGCCUAUGGCUUUUCAAAAUAGAUACAGUAACUUAUGUGCAAGGUGCAUGAGAUGUAAGCUUGCUAAAACAACUAUAGGUUCUUUACAGUAAACUGUAAAUUGACUUUUGAUUUUGUUUCAUUCAGUACUGUAUGCUAUACUGGGUGCCAAAGUUCAUUUCUCAAUGUCAUAAUAUUUACUGAUGUCAUAAUAUUUAAUGUUUGUAGUUUCUUAGUGUUGAAUAAUAUAGCCUACUUUCCAUUUUAGUGUAAUGAUCAUGAUAACCUUUUAAAAUCAAAUCAGAAUGUAUUUGUCGCAUGUGCAGAAUACAGUGAAAUGCUUACCCACAAGCCCUUAACCAACAAUGCAGUUUUAAGAAAAAAGAAAGAAAGAAAGAAAUAUUACAAAUAAUUAAGGAGCAAUAAUAAAAUAACAGUAGCGAGACUAUGUAUUUUAUGCUCAUCAUCAGUGGUUUCACAGUCAAAUCAUGGUCUCAUUGGCAGUGUUUAUCAUGUAUUGGAUUUCUUUACUAUUGGAUUAUGGAUGAUUUUAUAUUUACUCAAUCCAAGGUGGUGUUUUAAGCCAUUUGAAUAAAUGUUUGCAUUCUCAAAAAUAUUAUCUGUAUUUGAAACUAUUGAUAAUAAACUGAUUUAAUUUGCAAGACUACUAGCAAUGUG